CGUCAGUCGCUUGCGAGGAGCUUUGUGGGGCAGGUGUGUUCAGGUGGUUUUUGCUCUCCAGGUUCCACCGGUUCCAGCUCCAGUUCCGAAUUCGCAUUUUGCAUUUCGCAUUUGCCAACUGUGUGUGCCUUAAACUGCUUUUCCACAACAACAACAACAACUCGAGCCAAACAAUAACAACAUCUUUUUUCCGACGGUCUUCUUAAGGGGUUUUUCUCAAUAUUUUCCCACAACCCCAGUCGACUUUUCAAGACGCGUGUGCAACAAACAAAAAAAAGGAAAAAAACAAACAGAAAAGAAAAUAGAUGACAAACAAAAAAGGCAGACAUUGGCAAGAUUCUUGCUGGCUUAAACACAAUUUAUAAACAGCACCCCAACCACAUCGGAGUUGUAUGCAAAUGCAAAUGCGAAUGCAGUUGUGUCGGUUGUCCACCCCGGAAAAACUUGUGUUCUUGAUUUGCAAAAGUGAUUUCUAAUUGUUUCGACUUCUUGGCUUAACUUGCCUCUAAAAACAGAGGGCCGUGAAAGAGUGAGUGAGACGGAGAAAAAAAAGGAGGGAGAGAAAGCAUAGCGGAGUAUGUCAAUGUCAGUGGCCCAUGUGCGUCUGUUUUGUUAAAAGAAUUUCCUCCGAGUCUUCGAGUUUUUGAGUUUUUGGCCAUGGAUAUUCAAAAAGUCUAGUUUAAUGACGUCACUACUGGAGAUUAUCAUGCGAUCGAAAGCGAUUGCUAGGAAACUUAAUCAGGGCUCCAGUGGCGAAGACUUCGAUCCGAGUGCGAGUGUUGUGCGCCACCACCACCAUCACCACCAUCAUUUGGAUCUGAGUGGCCGGAGUCAAGGGUUCAAUCCGCUGACCGAACCGCUCGAGGAUUCCUUUGCCGCCGCCACCCGCCAUCGUUUGUCACUGCCGGAUUGCGAGGAAGGAUCGCCGACGAGAAGGGAUCACAGGGAUCACAGGGAUCUCCCGGAUCCGGAGCUACUGCAUCAUCUCUCCUCCGAUCCCCUCCAGCAGCAGCAUCAUCAGGAGCAGGGCCAACAACCACCGCCGCCCACGUUGCCACUCGCCGUGGAAUCCUCCGGGGCCGACGGCAUGGACCACUUCUUCAAGGAGCACAUCCUGCACCAGUGGGUGCGCCGGCGCGAUCUCGUCUGUGAUCUGGACAUCCGUGAUAGCGGCGGCGUCUACGCGAAGACGCCGCUCCAACGGGGCACCCACUACGGCCCCUUCCCCAUGAAGCUCACCCACCAGCCCAACGACAAGGAACUGGCCUGGAAGGCCAAUGCUGGACAUUAUACCGGAUGGCUAGAGCCCACAUCCGAUGUGUCCGCAUGGUUGAAAAAAAUUCGAACCGUUCAGGACGAGAGCAUUAUUGGCGAGGCUAAUUUAGAGAGUUACAUUGAUGGCGGUUAUCUGUGGUACGAGACGAAUCGUUAUGUGAAUGCUGGCAGCGAAAUGGUGGUCGACGGCCGACCCAAGAGUCCUGUUCAGCUGAACAAGAGUUUCAUCAACGGCAGCGAGGUCUUCUCAGCCGCCGCAGCAGCCGCUGCAGCAGUAGCCGCAGCAUCCUCGUCGGGAGCGAACAGCGGGGGCGGGGGGAGCUCCCUGCCCAGCGAUGGUCGCAGCGAUCGGGAUAAUGGCUCCUUGUACAGUGGCGACGAAUUCCCCAAGGAUAAGAAGAACUCCUCGCUAAUCAGCCAGGCAGAUAUCGAUUACAAAGACGACGAAAACGGUGUCGACAUACGCUGUGAGGUCUGUGAUAAAGUCUACGAGGAUUUAGAACUUUUGGACGAUCAUCUGGUGGGCACUCAUCAUUUCAAGCAGGACGAAUUCCCCUGCAAACAGUGCACUCUGCGAUUCUGCCAUCGUCCUUUGGUGAUCAAACACGAGGCGAUCUGCCACAAAACCUAUCGGAAAUAUUCCUGCGAGAAUUGCAGCCUGGUAUUUCGUGACCCCUCGAAUCUACAGCGGCAUAUUCGCGCCUACCACGUCGGAGCUCGCUGUCAUCCGUGUCCGGAGUGCGGGAAAACAUUCGGAACUUCUUCGGGGCUGAAGCAGCACCAGCACAUCCACAGUUCGGUGAAGCCGUUCGUUUGCGAGGUGUGCUCCAAGGCGUAUACGCAAUUCUCGAAUCUGUGCCGCCACAAGCGGAUGCACGCCACCUGUCGAACGCAAAUCAAGUGCGACAAGUGCAACCAGAGCUUCAGCACACUCACCUCGCUGACGAAGCACAAGAAGUUCUGUGAUUCCACCGGGCCCGUCUAUCGCAGCCAGCACGUGAAUCGCCAUCAUCCGUAUCAGCAUCCGCAUCCGCACUCGCAUCCGCAUCCGCAUCAGCAUUCGCAUUCGCAUCAGCAGCCGCAUUUACCUGCAACAGCAACGUCCGCGUGUGCUGCACCGAAAAGGGAAUCCUCGGAGUCGUCGCCUUCGUCGAGUGCCGCCGCCGUUGCCGCCAUGUCAACGCCACCGAAUCCCUUCCUGAUGUUCCGCACCGCCCCGCCCUUUUUUCCCGGUUUCCCGCCCUACGCAUUUUCCAACUUCAACCCGCUUCUGUCUCCGAACAUUCCCAUGUUCUUCUCGAAACCUCCCAUGGACUUGGGUGGUGGCCCAGCGCAAGAGGUCACCUCGCCGAACUCCUCCUUCGGCCAGCUGCCCUUUCCCUACGACAAGGUCAAGGACGAGGAGCUGUCCUUCAAGUCGGAGGUGGCGGGGGAGCCGAAGGAGGAGCCCAAAGAGGAGUCCGUGCUGCAUGUCUCCGAUGGCGAAGACGAGGAGAGCCACGACUCGCUGGAUGUAAAGAUGAAGGAGGAGGACUCGAACAAUAAAAUGGAAUCCGAGGAAUCUGAGCAGAAGGAGCAGGAGUCCGAAAGGGCCACCAGUCCCGAUCAACAGCAGGUCGAGGAUGAUAGGAAAUCCAUUGACAUUGUGAGCACCCCGCCACCAACAGACACUCCAUCCGGAGGAGGAGAUGCACCUUUGGACCUCUCGAUCUGCCGGAAGAGCAAGGCGGCGUCGCAUUACCUCAGCGCCUUGAAUCCGCCGGAGCACUACCUGUACAAUCGGUUCAUGCACAGUAGUAGUCUGCAUAACGAUGUCGAUCCGCUGAUGAACUUCAUGAAGUCGCACAGUUCGGCGGCCUCGUCGACGUCGCAGAAAUCCUUCAAGGGCAGCAGUCCCACGCCCACCGCCUCGCCGGGAUUAACGCCCUCCCCAUCGCCGCCCACCAGUGCGGGCGGUGAGCUGAGCAGCACGUCCGACGGCGGAGCGGUAUCCACAGCAGCCAAUACUACCGCUUCAGCGGCUUCAGCCUCGGCGGCAGCGGCAGCAGCGGCGGCGGCAGCGGCAGCGGCGGGAGCAGCGGAGGCCGCUCUGGCGCACUUCCACCAGACGACGCAUCCGAUGAUGCUGGAGGAACUGUAUCGAAGGCAGAUACCUUUUUUAUGCCCAACGGGCGGACGGCCCGCCAUUGAGGCGCUGCUGGCGAAUGCCGCCAAUGCAGUUGCCCCAAAGCGGCCGCUUCCGUCCGUUAAAUUUCCCACGGGCAGCGGCCUGAAAACCAAGGAUCGUUACUGCUGCAAGUUCUGCGGCAAGGUGUUCCCCAGAUCGGCGAACCUAACCCGGCAUCUGAGGACUCACACGGGCGAACAGCCAUAUCCGUGCAAGUAUUGCGAUCGGGCAUUCAGUAUAUCGUCGAAUCUGCAGCGUCACGUGAGGAAUAUCCACAACAAGGAGCGUCCCUUUCGCUGUGAGUUGUGCGAUCGGUCCUUUGGCCAGCAGACGAAUCUCGAUCGGCAUGUGAAGAAGCACGAGUCGGAGGGCAACAACUUCCGGGAUUCCCCGAGUUCCGGCGGAAUGGCCGAACGGGAGGAGUACUUCGAUGAGAUACGCACCUUCAUGACCCGGGUUUAUACACCAAAUAGCUUGGCUGGUAACGAGGGGGAUACCGAGGAGUAUCCGAAUAGCGAUGAUCAGUCGGUGAAUCUGGAGAAGCACACUCGCAGUCUCAACAACAACAACAGCAGCAACAUCACCAACAACAACAACAGCAGCAGCAACAACAAUCCCAAGGCCAUAACAAUAAGCUCUUAAAAGAAAAGAAAAA